AUGAAAAACACAGAAUUUAAGUAUGUGUUAAGGAAUAGGAUAAAAAAAAUUUUUGAAAAUAAUAGCAACUUAAAAGUUUUAGAUGAUGAAUUAAUUAAAAAAAAUAACAAUGAAGAUGACGAUUCAAAAAAAUUUGAUAAUUUAAAAUACGUUAAUUCUGAUAAAAUAGAUUUAUGUAACAGUAAUAGUUAUUCUACAAAUUAUAAGAAAAUAAUUAUUGAUGAGGAAGAUAAUUCUUUUAACUACAAUAAAAAUUCUAUUUUUUUUAACGGUAAAAAUUAUUUGAUAAUUGAAAAUUACACAUCCGUUAUAUAUGAAAAUUGUGAAGAAAAAGUAAAUAUGGUUCUAGCAAAUAAAAGUAUACCAGAAGGAAGAAUAGAAAUCCAAAUAAAUGGAAAGGAAUCUUAUAUAAUACCUUGUAGUAUUUAUAAAAAUAUAUUAAGUUGUUUUUUUCCACAGCUUGAAAAAGGAAUAUAUCAUUUAUCUUUUUUUAUCAAUAAAGAAAUGAUACUUAUAAAGUUAUUGCGCCCAGGCUUAGAAUUAACUGAAAAGUUAAAAUUUUUGUCAUUGCAUGUUAUUGAAAUAACUGACUUUGGUUAUUACCUAAAAAAUAAAAAUAGGAGAAGUAAAAACUAUAACAUUAGCAUAAAUAAUAAUAUAUACACAAACAAAGAGCUUAUAAAAUUGUACAAUAGUAUUUACAAGAAUUAUAGAGAUAUUUAUUGUGAGAAUAAGAGAAAUCCAAAAAUUGCAGUAGGUAAUAAUUAUAAACUUCAAAAUAUCAGUGAAUUAAAUUUUUAUAAUUUUCUUAAAUGUUAUCAGGAUGAAUUUAUUGAUCAUUCAUUUAGAAAAAACAAAAAUAAAAUUGAUGUGAAUAAUUUAAAUUUUGUUUCUCAAUUAAAUUUAGAAAAAGGAAUUCAACAAAGUAGAAUACCAAUUUUAUAUAAAAAGUUAUUGUAUGAUAAUUGCAUAUAUGAAAAUAAAAUGAUUAUCAUGCAUUUCCACUCAAAAUUUUUUGAGUAUGAUCCCUUUAAUGUUAUAUCGGCUCAUAUUUUUACAAAAAGUGAAUUAAAAGAUGGAUAUACUAUUUUUGCGUUUAAUUUAAUACCUGUAUUUUAUAAAGAAAAUAAGGAUUCUUUCUACACUCAGGUAGAUGAACAAAAAGACAUAGAAAAGCCUAAUUUAUUUAAUCUAUUAAGUAAUUCACAAAAAAAGGGGGAAAAUGAGAAUAUAAAUUAUGUUAGUACUUUAUUAAUGCUUAAGUCAGAUGAGACUAAUUGUGCAGAUGUAAGAAUGUGGAAUUAUAUAGAUACUAUUGAAUGUCAAAAAAAUAAAAUAUCAAAUAAUUUUUAUUUAAAUAAAAGUAGUUAUGAAGAUGUUCAUUGCCCUAUACCUCAUGAAUUAAUUAAUAAUAAAAACAUUUUUAAAAAAUAUUCUGAAGGACUCAAAAUUUCUGAAAAGGUCAGCAUCUUUUUUGAAAAUUGGAAUGAUGAUAUAUUGCCUGUACAGAAAUUUGUUAAUUUAUUUGAAUAUAAUUUGCCCUAUAAAAAAAUAAAAAAUUUAUCCAAUUUUAUCAAAAAUAAAAAUGAUGAUUUCUUAUUAUUUAAUGAUUUUUAUCUGAAAAAUAAUGGAAAUAAUGAAAAAUGUAAUUCGAUAAUAUUAGAAGAUAAAAAUAAUUUAUCUACUUUAAAAAAAUUAACAGCUGACGAAAAUAAAAAUAAUAAUGAACUGGAAAAAAAUUACUCAUUUGAUUAUCUACUUAAUAAUUUUGUUUCUUUUGUUCUAUUAAUUGAAGGAAAAAUAUAUCAUAGUGUUAUUCCUAUAAAUAAACUUCUUUUAUUAUUUAUAGUAAACUAUUGGAUGCAUUUUAUUGGUGUACAAAAAAAAAAAUGUAUAUAA